AUGAAAAUCACAAGAAAUGACGUAAUCGUCGUGAUGGCAGCAUCGCUGGUGACGUUUACACACGGUUAUUCGUUUACUAGUGAGAAACCAGCAGAAAAUAAAGAGCUUGACGAACCCUCGACCGUUAACAAAGAGAGUAGUAUUUACGGCGGUAGGGACGCGGAUAUUGCCGAUUACCCGUUUCUUGCUAGUCUUCGUGUGCCUCUCUUUGACAUGACGAUAUGCAGUGGUGCACUCAUCCAUCCCCAGUACAUUCUUACGGCGGCACAUUGCGCGAAUAAAGUAAAUAGUCUUAUUGCCACCUUUGGAACAAACGCGAGCACCGGGUAUGGUAUAGAUGAAAGUGUCCUGGAAGUUCCCGUCAUUGCACAAUAUCGUCACCCCGGGUACAGGAAGAAACAACAUCUGUACGACGUAGGUGUACUCAAGUUAGAGAGACCAAUUAAGCGCCGACUUGCCAAGAUGUGUGCACCUGACGGCUCUGACAAUGAGGUCGGUAUGAUUGCCAAGGUUGCUGGGUGGGGAAAGACCAGUAAAGAGAGUAAAACACUCAGUCCGAUUUUGGAGGAGCUAGCGCUUCCUAUUAUCUCGAACGCAGAGUGUGGCAAGGCCAAGAAGUACAUUGGUAAAAUCACAGAGGGUAUGCUCUGCGCUGGAACUGGUAAAGGCAGGGACACGUGUUUUGGAGACUCUGGCGGUCCCCUUAUCGUCAAAAACGACAUCAUUGUUGGUUGUGUAAGCUGGGGAAGUACAUGCGGUGAACAGGCUGGUGUCUUUACUCGUCUGACUUACGUGAUGGACUACAUUGAUGACAUUUUGGGCGGAGGCGAUGGUAGCCAAUUCGAUUGGAUGGCGCCAGAUAGCUCGUCACCGGAGGAGGAGGAUCCAUCGUCGUCAGGUAAAGUGGAAACAUCACCAAAAAAGGAGGAUAUGACUGAAAAUAUACCCGGGUCUUUGCCGAAGCCAACCAGCGACGAUAUGUCGUGGUUAUUGCAUGGCAAUGGUAUGAAUAAGCUGAUGGACCUACUUAGCUCAGGCAACGACAUGUCACAUCUGUUCAAUGUUGAUUCGGACAGCAGUGGGGACAACAAGGAUGAUCCAGACAACAAGGAUGAUCCAGACAACAAGGAUGAUUUGGUCAGCAAUGUUAAGUUGGACAGCAAGAAUGAUUUGGAGAACAAGGAUGAUUUGGACAGCAAGGAUGAUGUGGAAAACAAGGAUGAUUUCGUCAGCAAUGUUAAGUUGGACAGCAAUGUUAAAUCGGUCAGCAAGAAUGAUUUGGACAGCCAGGAUGAUUUGGUUAGCAAUGUUAAAUCGGUCAGCACUGUUAAAUCGGACAGCCAGGAUGAUUCAGACAGCAAGGAUGAUACAGACAGCAAGGAUGAUCCAGACAGCAAAGACGAUCCAGACAGCAAGGAUGAUGUGGUCAGCAAUGUUAAAUCGAAGAGCAAUGAUGAUCCAAACAGCAAUGAUGAUUCCAACAGCAAACAAAAAUUUGAACAGCAAACAUGA